AUGAGAGAUCCUACAGCAGACAUGGAAGAACCAGCGCAGCCCGCGACGAACGGGUCGACCGAACCCCGCCGCAACAAAUCGGCUCGAGUGGCCUUUGGACCCGAUCUGGAGACUACUAUCCCCGCACGUGAGCGAUCUCCGGCUCCAUUGAGCAGUCAUCAUCGUUCUUUUACGACCGUCGAGCACAAGCCGCCGUUUCUAGCAGCCCCGUCCCCUCGUCCCACGAGUUCCGCCGGAGAGAAUGCAGCGAUCGGGCCGGGCUCACCACCGCGACGCCCGUCUCCUCGGAGAUCAGAGAGUAGUCGUCCAGCCAUGCUCAAGAGAGCCAAGAGUGACUAUGGUCCAAGCCGCGUCACCUUCGAUCAGACAGUUGUGGGAGAAGAAGAGGAGGAUUUUGCAAUGCGACACGGAUGGCAGGAAGAAUAUACAUCCAGCGAAUACCUCAAGAUUUUGCACUCGAAUUUCUAUAUGUAUUUUACAGAGAAACGUCACGAAACCAACGGUGUCCCCAGAGACCCCGUCGGUAGUUGGCCAAGCCAAGACUGGCGCAUGAAGGAUCGUUUGAAGACCGUCUCUGCUGCAUUGGCUAUCUGCCUGAAUAUCGGUGUCGAUCCUCCCGAUGUGGUCAAGACAAAUCCGACAUCCAAGCUGGAAUGUUGGGUGGAUCCCACUUCCACCACAGGUGGGGGCCAGAAUAAGAUUAUGGAGCAAAUCGGCAAGAAGCUACAGGAGCAGUAUGAAACCCUCAGUCUUCGGACGCGAUACAAGCAGUAUUUGGACCCGUCUGUGGAUGAAACGAAGAAGUUCUGUAUCUCGUUACGUCGAAAUGCCAAGGACGAGCGAGUUCUUCUGCACUACAAUGGCCAUGGAGUCCCAUUGCCAACACAGUCAGGCGAGAUCUGGGUGUUCAACAAAAAUUACACCCAGUACAUCCCUGUCCCACUUUACGAUCUGCAAUCCUGGCUAGCCGGUCCUAGUCUCUUUGUGUUCGACGUGUCACAUGCAGGAAACAUUGUUCAGAAUUUCCAUACGUUUGUCGAGAAGCAUGAGAAGGAGAAUAUCGAGGCCAAAAAGAGAGACCCCAACGCAAUCGUCCAGAAUUAUGGCGACUGCAUCCUUCUUGCGGCAUGCCAGAAGAACGAGUCUCUGCCAACUAAUCCCGAUCUGCCAGCUGAUCUAUUCACCUGCUGCCUGACGACGCCAAUUGAUAUUGCGCUGCGAUUUUUCAUCUUGCAGAACCCUCUCCGUACCGACUUCACUAUCGAGGAUUUCAGAGUACCGGGUCGCCUGCAAGACCGUCGAAGUCCUCUUGGAGAGCUAAACUGGAUCUUCACUGCGAUCACCGAUACGAUUGCAUGGAACACCCUGCCUCGGGCGCUGUUUAAGAAACUUUUCCGUCAAGACCUGAUGGUCGCCGCCCUUUUCCGCAAUUUCCUCCUCAGCGAGCGCAUAAUGCGCACGUACAAAUGUCACCCCAUCUCAUCACCCGAACUACCCGAAACUCAUCAUCAUCCGCUCUGGAAAAGCUGGGAUCUCGCCGUGGAGAUGGUGCUCUCGCAGCUUCCUGCGCUAAUCGACCAUGAGGAAGGGCGCAGACAGUAUGAGUACCAGCACUCGACAUUCUUCGCCGAGCAGCUCACUGCCUUCGAGGUUUAUCUCUCCUCGGGACCCACGGAACAGAACCCACCAGACCAACUUCCCAUCGUACUUCAAGUAUUACUCAGUCAGGCACAUCGACUGCGCGCUUUGAUCCUUCUGAGCAAGUUCCUGGACUUGGGUCCCUGGGCCGUGCACCUUGCACUCAGUAUCGGCAUCUUCCCUUACGUUGUCAAGCUGCUGCAGUCAGCUGCCCAAGAAUUAAAGCCUGUCAUGGUCUUCAUUUGGGCAAGAAUCAUGGCUGUCGACCAUACAGUCCAAAACGAUCUCCUCAAGGACAACGGAAUUCAUUACUUCAUCUCCAUCCUAAACCCAUCGUCUCCCAUCCCCGUUGGUAAUGCUAGCGAACACAGAGCCAUGUGUGCGUUUAUCGUUUCAAUCUUCUGCAAAAACUAUCCUCAGGGCCAGAAUGUUUGUCUGUCCGGGGAACUGUUUGACUCGUGCCUGAGACACCUUGGAGAUGUCGAGAACCCACUGCUGCGGCAGUGGUCUUGCCUCUGUCUCAGCAUGCUUUGGUCUGAUUUCCCAGAAGCGAAGUGGAUGGGCAUUCGAUGCGCAGCGCCGGCGAGACUUUGCGAACUCAACUUCGAUCCGGUUCCUGAGGUUCGCGCGGCAAUGUUGCACGCAGUAACUACCUUCCUUGGCAUUCCAGACUUGACAGAUCAAGUGGCUCAAAUUGAAGAGCAACUCGCCCUAGCGGUAUUACCCAUGUCGGCUGAUGGCAGUGUGCUCGUCCGGAAGGAGCUCCUGGUAUUCUUCUCGACCUUCGUCAAACGCCAUCAGAACAAGUUCCUAGUGGCGGCAUACGAGGAGCUUCAGGAUGAAAAGCAGUCUCUGCUCCAUCGUCUCCAAAGCGAGACAUCUAACAGAAACCGUCUCGAGUCUAAGAAGGGCGAUCUGGUCGCCGAAUCAAAGACACCUCAGCUGUCUCGUAACACCACAUUCGGGACAAUCUGGAAGCAAGUUCUGAUUCUUUCUGUGGACCCUCACCCUGACAUUGCUCAGGAUGCUGGUGUCAUUGUCGAUUUCAUCCAUCUUACCCUUCUGGAGUCCCCCAUGGCGGCUCUCGCUGACCGAAUCAGAAUUGAGAUCUUGGAACUCACAUUCCGUAUGUCACAGCGAUUCCAGGUUCACGAGCGAUCGGAAGCAAAGAAGGCCGUGCCUCCCGCAACGCCGCAGUCGCCAACGACGACGCCUCCCAAACAAGAUAGCUAUCUUACCUUGGGUUUCAAACGCACAGCGAGCGUUGCCGCCUCUCUCAAGAACCUUGCCUUUGGAGGACCCGCAGGUGACGAAGGCUCAGAAGGCUCUGCUCCCCAAUCACCUUCGACAAGUCGUAUGCCUAUAACCCCCCGUGGUCGUGCUCCCCCCGAAUGGACCAGACCUCCCGAAGUCAACGAUAACGUUGCCCCAGCGAACUCGUAUCACCGAAACCCCGCCCCUGCAUCCCGUGGCUUCAUUCCUAGGAACCCAGAGGAGACUCCAAUAAUUCCCAUGAGAAGCCGUUUCCUGGACUGGUCAACAGAGGUAAUCCCAUAUUUCUUUACAAAUUUCCAUCAAGCGUUCUUCAAAUUUACCCCGGAACAUUUGCUUACCCAUGAAAAGUACUUCCGGGAGCCCCAGAUGAAACCCAAUGAACCCGACGAGCCCGGUAGCUCCGAUUACAACGAACGACUUUGGCGACGCGGCCGUAACGAAAAGAUCAUUGCGGAAACUCAACCGCUCAAGGUUCAGGCAGGUACAAGUCGAUGGGACAACUCCACGACUCUGUUGUCCAAUCAGAGUCAGCCUUUGAAGAUGACUUUCCAUCAAUUUGAGGACCAUAUCGCAGUCGCAGACGAUCGCGACACUAUUGCAAUUUGGGACUGGCAAAGCCACAAGCGUCUGAAUCAGUUCUCGAACGGAAACCCUGUUGGAUCCAAGAUCAACGAAGUCCGGUACAUCAAUGAGGACGAUCAGGCUCUUUUAUUGACUGGUUCUUCCGAUGGUGUGCUCAAGCUAUUCCGCAACUACGAAUCUUCGCGGAAUAUUGAGGUCGUUACGGCCUUCCGAGCUUUACCUGAACUUAUCCCAAGCAACCGUAAUGCCGGGCUUGUUCUUGAUUGGCAACAAGGUCAAGGUAAAGCUCUCGUUGCUGGUGACGUUAAAGUCAUUCGUGUCUGGAACGCAGCUACUGAAGUCUGCACUAAUGAUAUUCCUGCGCGAUCUGGAUCCUGCAUCACGUCCUUGACGUCAGACCAGGUAGCUGGCAACAUAUUUGUUGCUGGAUUUGGUGACGGCGCCGUCCGUGUUUUCGAUCAGCGGCUGAAGCCGACCACAUCCAUGGUCAAGGUCUGGCGUGAGCACAAGCAGUGGAUCACCAACGUCCACAUGCAACGCGGCGGCUUGAGAGAACUCAUCUCUGGCAGCCGCAACGGCGAAGUGAAACUGUGGGAUCUCCGUAUGGACAGCGCGCUUUCGACCAUCUUCACCACCAAAGAUACCCUCCGAACCCUGAGCGUUCAUGAGCAUGCUCCCGUAUUCAGCGUGGGUUCAAAUCGCCAUGAACUUAAGACUUUUAACGUCGAUGGCACCUACCUCUCUACUUUCGAGCCAUACUCGAGUUUCCUCCAUCAUAACCGUUCCUCUCCCAUUGUCAGCACCGCCUUCCAUCCCCAUCGCACUAUGCUCGCCUGUGCAGCUUUGAACGACAACCACAUCAACCUUGUGUCCUGCUAG